UACUCCUGCACUCCUUUUUCUGAAUCUACACACCUCCUCAUUUAUUUUUCUCCGAAAACCCUCUUAGUUUUGAACAACAGCAAAUUGCGAUGACGAGAUUCGAGGAAUCGGCUCCCGCAAAGGGAGGUUUUUCUUUCGAUUUGUGCAAGAGAAACGAGAUGCUUGUGCAAAAGGGUUUGAAGCCAUCCUCGUAUCUGAAGACCGGAACCACGAUUGUUGGGUUGGUUUUCCAGGACGGUGUCAUUCUUGGAGCUGACACACGAGCUACCGAAGGCCCCAUUGUUGCUGAUAAGAAUUGUGAGAAGAUCCAUUAUAUGGCCCCAAAUAUUUAUUGUUGUGGAGCUGGUACGGCUGCUGAUACAGAAGCUGUUACAGACAUGGUUAGCUCUCAGCUGAAGCUGCACCGAUUUCAUACUGGCCGUGACUCCAGGGUUGUGACUGCUCUGACUCUUCUGAAGUCUCAUCUUUUUAGUUAUCAAGGACACGUAUCGGCUGCCUUGGUGCUUGGUGGAGUGGACGUGACUGGUCCUCACUUGCAUACCAUUUAUCCACAUGGUUCUACAGAUACUCUACCAUUUGCCACUAUGGGUUCUGGAUCCCUUGCUGCAAUGGCUAUUUUUGAAUCGAAAUACCGUGAAGGGCUCACUAGAGAUGAAGGAGUAAAAUUAGUCGCUGAAGCAAUUAGCUCUGGAAUAUUCAAUGAUCUGGGAAGUGGAAGCAAUGUAGAUGUCUGCGUCAUAACAAAGGGGAACCGAGAGUACUUGAGAAAUUAUAUGUUGCCAAACCCGCGCACGUAUGUCAGUCAGAAGGGAUACUCUUUUUCCAAGAAGACUGAGGUGUUGAUGACAAAGAUCACACCAUUGAGAGAGGUGGUGGAAGUGAUUGAAGGGGGAGAUGCUAUGGAAGAAUGAGUGUGUUGUUGAAAUAUGUCAUGCUUCUUGGGAACAUUCCUGGUUUAUCAUUAACUAGUCUGUUGUUUAGCCUCAGUGCCUUAAAUUUCAUUAUCUUCAGAACUUUAUCCUGUUGCAGUUUGUUUGAGAUUAUAAUAUCUGCAGUUUACAGUGA